AAGAAGAAGAAAGCUUUCUUUGAUCUCAUUUGCUUGAUUAUGAACGAUUAACAAAACCCAUCGAUCUUUCUCCCUUCUUCUUCCUGUUACCUUUUCCGGGUGUAAAAGAAAAGUAAAUAUGGAGCAUCGGCAUCAUCAUCUGCAAAAUCAUCCUGUGAGUGCUAACGUUGAGGCUGCUGGUGGUGCUGAUAGGUUUCCUCAAUGGAGUCUUCAAGAGACAAAGGAGUUUUUAUCUAUCAGAGCAGAGCGUGAUCAAAGCUUCAUGGAGACGAAGAGGAACAAGCAGCUCUGGGAAGUUAUAUCUACUCGGAUGAGGGACAAAGGUUACAAUCGAAGCGCCGAACAGUGCAAGUGCAAGUGGAAAAAUCUCGUUACUCGAUACAAGGGAUGUGGGUCGAUUGAAGCGGAAGCUGCGAGGCAGCAGUUCCCUUUUUACGACGACUUGCAGGCUAUAUUCACGGCUAGGAUGCAAAGUAUUAUAUGUUCGGAAAGCGAAGGCGGCGGCGGAGGAGGAGCCACAAGGAAAAUGUCUGCUGCUUCUGAUGAGGAAGAAGAUAUGGAGGAAAACGAGUUGGAUAAUAAGUAUAGUGUUAGGAAGAAGAAGAAAGUGAAAACUGGUGGUACUAGCACAAGUGGUGGAAACAAUGAUAUAAAGGAAAUGUUGGAGGAUUUCAUGAGGCAGCAGUUGCAGAUAGAGAUGCGAUGGAGGGAAGCUUUCGAGUCUAGGGAGAACGAGCGGCGGUCGAAGGAGAUGGAGUGGCGGCAGACGAUGGAAGCGUUGGAGAAUGAGAGGAUGAUGAUGGAGAGACGGUGGAGGGAAAGGGAAGAGCAACGGCGGGUGAGGGAAGAAGCUAGGGCGGAGAAGAGAGAUGCUCUCAUCACCGUACUCUUAAACAAGCUUAGAAGAGAGGGUCAAAUGUAACCAGGUUCACUUCGUUUAAUUUUCUCUCCUUUUUU